GGCAACUAUUUAUGUGGCGCGCCCUCUAUUAAAAGAAUAUUGGUGCGGCUUAUGGUUGUGCAGAACAAACCAGGUGAGCUCGGGCAUGGGACUUUGGGAGAUCAUUUUAAUACAAGGUGAUACAUUACUGGAAAGAAAUGUAGUGUGACUGAAAGGCCAUGUUACACCAGCCAUGUACGUCAACCAUCAUCAUGAAUCCAGUCAGAAGUGUGACGUAACAACUUGUCAAGCCGUGAUGUUGUGCCAUUUACCAUACCAUGUUCCGCCAUCAGGAUGUGUGAACCGGAACGUUAUUUUCCCGAAACAUAAUUGUCGGUCGGCAAGCUUUCACAUACAUCGGUGGAUCCAGAAUGUACUCUCACCCCCUAUUUCUACCAUUAAGAGGCACACCGUGUGCACACGGCCCCCUCAACCUCACUCGGGACGGCCCUGCCAUCAACGUGACGCUCGAGGAAUACUUCGUGGGGCAUCCGCCGUCCUGCUUCAGUGUCAAGGAGCGGACGACUCGGUGGAGGAAGCAACAACGCCAGUACCUCAGUCCUGACCCCACCAAGAUCACAUCGUGUGCCCGGUCCGCGAAAGACAUCUUUUGGGACUCAAAAGGAGGAUGUCUGUGGGUUCACACAGAAGCAGAGCUUGAGACCCUGACGGAGACACUUCUCACCCUGCCCAUCUUCUUGACCGCCCAGUUGCAGCGAGGUGCACAGGAGACCAGCAAACAGACACUUGUACACAGAGGCGAAGCAUUUGUAAUCGUGAAUACCCAAAACUGGCAGAUCCAAAAUCACUUCAAAAGACGUCUAGCAGAAGCUAUGGACCUCAUGCGCAAAAGGAAGAAUUUUGCCGUCGAGUUUGACUUCAACCCCGCUCUUGAGGGGUGGCUGGAGUCUGCCUUUGUCAGGCAAGGCGCAGCUGGCAGCACCGGGCCCUGUGCCUGUUACGGCGUCCGUUACAUGAGCAGGCACGCUAAGAUCACCGUCACCAACUACGGAGAGAAGCCGCCUUUUUUCUUCUGCCCGGAAUGCAGCAAGACAACCUGCCGUAUACUGAGCUGGGUCUGCCUCCUGCCAUGCUGCUGGGUGGCUUGUCCGGUCUACAGGCUCCAGCGAUCCCUGAGAGCCACCGACCUCGGCGGAGCGGUACCCGAGGAGCUGUGCACUACAUCGCUCAACCAGAACAUGGCGAUCACGGAUGCCGACUUCGACCGCCCCGCAGGCAAUUCAGAGCUUGGCUCAAUCCAAGGACCAGCCACCAACCUCAGCGGAGCGGUACCCGAGGAGCUGUGCACUACAUCGCUCAACCAGAACAUGGCGAUCACGGACGCCGACUUCGACCGCCUGCCAUGCUAUUCAGAGCUUGGCUUAAUCCAAGGACCAGCCACCGACAUCGGCGGAGCGGUACCCGAGGAGCUGUGCACUACAGCGCUCAACCGGAACAUGGCAAUCACGGACGCCGACUUCGACCGCCCGCCAUGCUAUUCAGAGCUUGGCUCAAUCCAAGGACAAUUCGAUCAAAAUUGACUCACUUCAUCAGAUUAGGUUUCUAAUUUUGCCUUGAUUGUUUUUCGGCAAAUCAUGCCUUUAAUGUUCUGAUGGGGCCGUAUCAUAAGUCCGACGCCUCAUAGGUCCCAUGCCCCAUGAGGCAUCAGACUGAUGAGGCACAAAUCGUCCGACAAUGGACAGACGAUGUUUGGGAUUUAUGAGGCGUCGGGGCAAUGAGGUGUUGGACUUUUGCGGCGUCGGACCUAUGAGGCAGAAUAAAUCAAUCUUAUGCCUAAUAAGUCCAACGCCUCAUAAUGUCCGACGCCUCAUAAGUUCGAAAUUUCGGACUUAUGAGGCGUUGGACCUAUGAGGCGUCGGACUUAUGAGCGGACCCCAUUCUAAUUCUCUACUGAUUUGUUUGAUUGAAAAUUUGAUGGGAAAAAAAUUGACCGGAGCUGAGAGUGAGCCAUGCGACCUCCGGAAUUCAUCACCAUUGCUCUGCCAACUGAGCUAGUAUCCAGUUCUAUGUUGGCAGUUCCCCAUUUUUGCCAAGUUUGGGGCUGUUUUGUACAUAAAAUGGCUGCAUUUAUGCUUCUGAAAUCUUAUUUGUAAAGGGCAAUGUUGCAAUAUUAUGCUUGUAAACACAUGAGAUUACUAUUGUGAUUAUUAUAAUUAUGACAUAAUAUAUUAAAUUUUGACUGGAUUAUAUAAUAAAGUUUUAUUGAUGUUAAUUAUUCUGUGCUGCAGCCUUCCCGCACAGCCUUCAUGCAUAUCAUAUCAUGCCGUGAAUAUAGUAUGAAAUUUUCUCGGUGUUAAAUAUUACAGUUGACUCUCGUCAGUACAGGGGGAGUAAGUAACAAAAACAAAGGAAAUCCGAAAUGGCGCCCCCUAGGUUGUAAAGAAGUUCUGCAUGUAGUACUUUCCAGAUCUAGGAAAUGAAAGCUCAAUUAAUGAGCUUUCCUAUAGUACAAAAUUUAUUCAAAUCACUCUGUACUGUUUGAGUAACAUUUACAAAUGUACAUGUAUAUUAUUUUGAACACAAAUGUAGUUUUUAAAUUCUGUGCACGCAUCACAUUUAAGAUACAUGUACUUGAUAUUUCAGGGAGAAUGAAACCGUGUCGCAUCAUGAAAACGAUAUCAGAAUAAUCCCAUACAAGUCUGCAAACAAUUAUUUGCAAAAACAUGUAAUUAAGUGGCCCCAAAAAAAUUAUGUACAUUUAUCAAUAAUUAUAGUUUGCAAACAAGCAUUUAUCAAUAAUUAUAUGUUCCCAAUAAAAUUAUAUAUUUUUAUAAUUAUAGUUUGUAAACAAUUAUUUGUAAACAAUUAUGUUGCAAACAAAAUUAUAUAUAAAUAAUUAUAGUUUGCAAACAAUUAUUUGUAGAUAAUUAUGUUGCAAAAAAAGUUAUUGGUAAAUAAUAUAGUGGCAAAUAAAUGCAUUCACAUAUAAAACAAACUGCCAAACAAUUAUUAAUAUAUAAUUGUCGGAGAAGAAAUGUAUGAUAAUGUAAAUAAUGAAUUACAUAUAAGUAAAUAAGUCUUAAUAAGCCGGAAAAGUAAAUCAUAUAAUAAAUAAUAACAAAUGAAUUAUAUAGAAUUUUGUUAGAACAAAGUAUUUACACAUGGCGCCUCAUACGGAAAAUUGAUCCAAAAAAGUGACCAAAAACGAGCGCCCUAAUAAGUUUCCCCAAAUUGCGGCUAAUUGUUUUUCAGUAACCAUUUCCCCAUAUGGUAUAGAGAGUUCUGAUAUGAACGAAUAUGAAAAGCAAUGGGCGCACAGUGCGUAGUUUGCAUCGCGGUUUUGAAGAGCGGCCCCUGU